AUGAAGGUCGCCCAGCUCGCCGCCCUCCUCGUCAGCUUGACGCCCGCUGCCCUGGCCGACUGGCCCGAGGCGGAGGGCAAAACGAUCCGGUACACGCCCGUGCCGGGCUAUUUCCUGCAAGACAAGCCCGACACGGACCCCAGCGGCUUCGACUAUGCCAGCGUCAACUUUGGGCUCAUUGAGCGAUCGUACCCGACGGACAAGCGCUUCGACCCCCAAGGCGAGAGGAGCCAGUGGGAGCGGUUCGAGCAUUGGCUACAGUACCUGAACGCAGGGUGCAACCGAGACGGCGGCGUGCAGUACAAGAUGCUGUUCAUCGGCCGCCAUGGCCAGGGCUGGCACAACGCCGCCGAGUCCUUCUACGGGACACCCGCCUGGAACUGCUACUGGGCCGAGCAGCAAGGGAACGGCACCGCCAUCUGGGCCGACGCUCACACGACGCCCGCCGGCGAUCUCGAGUCCUACAAGGCCAACGCCUACUUCAAGGAGCGCUACGACCAGGACAACAUGCCGCGCUUCUCGUCGUACUACUCGAGCCCCCUCACGCGCUGCACGAUCACGGCGAACCUGACCUUUGGCGACAUGGAGGAGGCCGGCUACCUGCCAGAAGAGCACCCGUUCGUGCCCGUUGUCAAGGAGGGCUUCCGGGAGGGUAUGACGGUGCACACGUGCAACCAUCGCUCGGACCGAUCGUACAUCGAGGCCAUGUUCCCCUGGUACCGCUUCGAGGCCGGCUUCACCGAGGAGGACGAGCUGUGGCGCUCCUACGAGAGCGAGACGGGCGAGGCCCAUGACGCGCGCUCCAAGGCCGUCCUCGACGAAGUCUUCCGGGGCGCGGACGGCGACAGCGGGGCAUGGGUCAGCAUCACCACCCACUCGGGCGCCGCCACCCGGCUGCUCAAGGCCCUGGGCCACCGCCCGUUCCGCCUCAGCACGGGACAGAUCAUCCCCGUCCUGGUCAAGGCCGAGGCGGUCGAGCUCCAGCCGGAGCCCACGUUUGUGGCGCACGAGCCAUACUCGACGUGCACGAGCCCGCCCAUCACGAGCAUCCCCGGCGAGGGAUGCGUGUGCUCGGCCACGACGGCGCUGUCGUCGCUUGUCCCGUCCGCCACGGCCUCGGGUCUGUGA